AGCCACUGCAUACAAACUCACCUGUUAAACUUGCAGCAUCGGGGUGGAAAUCUGACCGAGUAGCAAACAGAAGUCCUCCAGAAGAACUUUGCUCAAUUGGACACCAUGGCCUCCACCCUCUCUGUGCGCAGUUACUCCGUGCGUCAGCCCUCCUUCUCCAGCAUGUCCCAGAGGGACAGCGGUCGCAGCAUCCGCUCCAAGCCUGCCGUGUCCUCCGCCACGCUGUCUCUGUCCCGCUCUGUUUCAAUGGGCAACGGCCUCAACAUGCUGAGCUCCAGUCUGUCCUUCAACGGCCUCUGUGCCGCAGCCAGUGAGAAGGAGACCAUGAUAGGCCUGAACGACCGACUGGCCAACUACCUGGAGAAGGUGCGCUCUCUGGAGAGGUCCAACUCCGAGCUGGAGGUCAAGAUCAAGCAGCUCAUGCUGGAGAGGACCCCCAAAGGGCACGACAUCGACGGGAUGAUGGCCCAGGCACAUGCUAUCGGGCAGGAGGUGAGGAAGAAGACGCUGGAGAACGCCCGCAUCAUGCUGGAGAUUGAUAAUGCCCGGCUGGCGGCUGAUGACUUCAGAGUCAAAUGGGAAGCGGAGGCCACACUCUGCCAGUCGGUAGAGAGGGACUGUCAGGCUCUGAAGAGAGCUAAGUCAGACCACGACCAGAUGACCGCCACGCUGCGAGGAGACCUGGACAGCCUGAAGGAGGAGCUCUACUUCCUCAAGAAGAAUCACGACGAGGAGAUGAUUACAGUGAAGUCUCGUCUGGCCAACGAGCAGGUGAGCGUGGAGGUGGACGCGCCUCAGGGCCCUGACCUGGGGGCUAUCAUGGCUGAGCUGAGGGUCCAGUAUGAGGGCAUCGCGCGCAAGAACAAGGAUGAGGCCGAGGUUUGGUACCUCAGGAAGUUGGACGCGGUGCAGUCAGAGGUCAAAGAAAGCAACGAGGCUCUGCGUAGUGCCCAAAGCGAGCUCAGUGAGAGGCGACGAUUCCUGCAAGCUCUGGAGGUCGAACUUGACAAUAUUCGGAGGCAGGUGAGUGUGUUGGAAGGAAACCUGGCUGAAACGGGGCACAAGUACUCAGUGGAGAUGGACCGUCUUCAGACCACGCUGACCCAGCUGGAGGACGAGCUGUCUCAGCUGCGUUUGGACAUGCAACGCAACAAGACCGAGUACGAGCAGCUGCUGCGCAUCAAACAGAACCUGGAGAUGGAGAUCGCUACCUACAGGAGGCUGCUGGAGGGGGAGGAAACGGUAAAAGAAACACCUCCACCUCCUAAAAAAGAACCUGAUAUAAGGACCAGGAAGAUUGUAAAAGUCGUCACCCAGACCAUGAUCAAUGGCAAAGUGGUGGAUGAGUCCAGCGAAGUGGAGCAGAUCGAGGAGCGUAAAAAAUAAGCCAAAGUGUUGCAAGAGGAGAAGCAAAGACGUCUAUUUAACCCAAAGUUCAUCUAAUUUCAAAACAACAUUCUUGUUGAGGCCACACAAUAGACUGAUUAAUUAGUUCAACCUAAAAUAAAAUAAAGUGAUUUGCAAGAUCAUGAUAUAUUUCAUUACAUAGGCCUACAGUGGAUCUCUUGUUGGCAGAAACUCUUACUUAUAAUGAAAUGAUUCUCAUAAAUGUUUAAAUAGUCUGUAUAAUGAUGUCCAAAUCUUAUCUGAAACUUCUGCUGUGACUUACAGUGACCUUAAUGCAACCUUAACCUCAUUUCAUCCAUCACAUUUUUUUAGGGGGGUGGGAGGGUUUCUUAUUCCUCGCUUACCUUAGCUUAGCUUAGCAUGAAAACAAUGGUAACCAGCUAGCUUGGCUUUGUCAACCAUACAAUUUAACUCUAAAACAAAGUGCAAAGAAGUCUUUAUUCUAAGCUAAUCCAACCAGCCGCCGGAUAUUGCUAGUGCACAGACAUGAGGGUGUAACUCUCACCAUGAAAGAAAAUAAGAGUUUAUCCUAAAAAUAUUUAGCUAUUUCCUUUAAUACAUGCUGAAGCUUUCAGAAAAUGUUUUGAUCUUGCAACAACAUCUACUCUAUGUGCAUGAGAGUUUCGCUGUAAAAAAAGGGAAAAGGGAGUAUUGGAAUGUACUGUAGUUGUAUGUAAAGAAAUAAACCAAAGCAGCUGUACAGUCUCAAUAAAACAGGGUUUUAAAAAAA